GGGUUUGCUUUUCAUCUUGCUGUUCGGCUUCUUUGCUUCGCCGGAGGUGUAGAGAUUGCACGGGUCGCUUCGUCGGCUCUGUUCGACUUCGCUCCUUCGACGACUUUCCCUUCCUGUCGAUUUGGAAGUUACGACAUUUUGAUCGGAAGCAACAACGGGAGCUCGCUGGCUGUGAAGCCCCUCAAGGUGGAGAGAUAACGGAGCCCGAAAGCCAUUGGAUCGCGUCAUUGAGAGAUGGCAAACCAAGGAGCAAAGAAGAGGAAGGAGGAGAACAGGCAGCAUAUGGCCAACCUGCAACGCCUCAUUAUCGCCUGUAACGUCCUAUACAUCCUACUUAGAUUGAUCAUUUUUCAUUCAAGCUUUUCUUGGAAACAUUGGGUUGGACUCAUAGUGACAUCUUUAGCAUAUUGGAUUUCAUAUCAACAACUUGCCAAAAUGGCAAAGCCUACAUACUCGGAUGAUAGAGAACUGCUCGAUGGUGGGUUUGACAUGUCCACUGGUGGAAUUUGUAGCUAUUUGCAUGACGUGAUUUACAUAACCAGCUUUGUUCAGCUUACAUCCAUUAUAUCCGACAAGUUUUGGCUCGCAUAUUUAGUGAUACCAGCAUUUGCUGCAUACAAAUCCUUUGGCUUCAUAAAAGGGUUCCUAUCACUAGGCUCAGAGAAUGGUGUUGAGGACGAGAAAGCUCGAAAGAAGAGGGAAAAGCUGGAGAAAAAGGCUGCCAGAGGCAAGAUUAUUAAGACAAGGAAUAGGUGACAUGUAAGUUCAUAAUACUUGCUGUUUCUGAGUAUCCGAAGCUUUCCAAUUUCAUGAACCGUUAAAUUAUCCCUCACUGUUUAUCUUCAUUUAUGCCUAUUUUCAACAAUGAAAUUUAUGGUUCAGCCAACACUUUCAAAAUUGGACCGAACUGAGUGAUUCGAUUAGCUCAACUGUGAAUUGAUUUUAGGAACGGUUGAUUUGGUUCACCUGUCGCCCUAAUCAAUGGUGCUUAAAAAUUUGGCAAUUUAGGCUUUGUUUAUGACUGAUUUUUUCCUGCUUCUUGAAUCAAUUUUUUAGUACAAAAAUUUUAAUUUUUGUAUUAGAAAUCUGCUUUAAAAAGUAGUAAGAAAGUCAUCCCAAACGAAGCCUUAAUUGGCCGAUUAUAAGAUGCCAUGAUCAUGUUUGUAUGAGGUUUGUGACGCACUAAUUCCAAUCUCAGUCUAUUUAGUCAA